UGCAUCGCAGUUGGAGGAAGUCAACAAUCCCCUCUAUUAAUUCACUUCAAUUUCUAAUUAGGGGAAAAUGCAGAUGCGAGGAAUGCUCCUAUGUUGCAGGUCAGUGGUGUCCCCAAUGAUGUCAAGGAUUCUGCUCGGAGUCUGCUCCAAGUGGCAGCGAGAAGACCUCACAAAUAAGAUUGGAUGAUGCCAAUGAAUUCCAUUGGCGUCCCUGCACCACUCUAUAGCCCAUUCCAGAUGACUAAUGCUCAAGAUUUUUUUGUUGUUGUAAAUUUAAAUUAAAUAAUUUCUCUCAUGAAUUUAUGUAAAUUAAUUUCUUCUCAGGCUCCCCGAUGUCAUGCUAUGCUUCUACGCAUGCAUCGGACACGGAUGCUCCUACUUUCUUGAAUGAGGGUCUAAAAGGGCUGAUCGCCUUAGAGCCACUUAUAGCUCUAUGGAUCUCUGCCUGAAAUCCCUGCUCCUGAAGUUUUAUGGAUGUGAAGUUCCUGAACGCUGUUCAUAAAUAUAGGCCCUACCUACAUAUCGAUUGUCGAGUGUCAGUUACUGCUGCGGGAUAAUAUUCACAGAGUUAACCAAUAAACUAUAACAAGGAAGUCAUUAGUUUAAUCAUGUCAGUAUGUAAAUUCUAUUUAAUAGAAAUACUACAAACAUUAUUGGAACAAAGUCAGUCACAAAUUACAUGACAAAAGCGUUGUUGACGCUAAAAUCGUUAUUUUAUAAGAUAUUCAUAGGUUAUGAAAACUAGUGUAUCAAAUACCUCACAAAAUGCAAAAACAUAUGCAACUAUGGAGAGGUGUUGAUAAAGUAUCAUACACAUUUAGUGACAAACCUAAUGGCAUUAUUUGCAAAUUUGUUACUAUUAAAGAUCAUAUUUUUGUAAUAACUACCUCAAAUAAUUUAUAUCAUGGAGAAGUAACAAUUGUGGAUAACAAUGCUCCAACAUUAAUUUUCAAAACUGCUCCAUUUAAUGUGGUUGACAUAGCAUCCAAUUCGGAGCAUUUAUUUAUUGUAGAUACCAACGGAUAUGUUUUAAAAAUAAAUCCUCAAGAUAUGAGUGUAAUAGACACAAUAAUUCUAAAAGAAGAAAUCAAAUGUAGUCAUGGAUGUGAACAAGAAAUUGUAUUUCUUACAAUAACUUCAAUAGCUGUCAAUGAUCAAGCAGCAUUAUUUAUAACAGAAGAAGGUGAACUUUGGGCUAGUGGCAAUCAGCCACAGAUAGAUAUUAAUAGUAAAGAGCCUAAAAAGGUUAAAUUUUUCGAGGGUAGAACCAUUUCCAUUGUUUCAUGUGGUUUUAAUUUUAAUGUAGUUGCUGCAAGGAAAACACUGAAAGCUAUGAAAGAUGAUUCUGAUAGUGAAGGUGAUUUAAAAGAAAAUGUUUUUGUUGAUUCAUGUCCUCAGUGUCUUAAUACUGUCUUAUUAAGUGAUACAAGUAUGACAUCAUCAGAUACUUGUCCAGCUGGACUAUAUGCGCAACAUUUUAGUGAAGAUCAUUCAACCAUCUCUACUAGUGCUUUAUCAGUUGCUAGUAAAGAAUAUGACUUUGCAGCUUCUACUGAUACUACUAAAAUAGAACAAAUUUCUAAGAUAAGUGGAAACGAAGAACAAAGUUCUAACAGUACUAUAAACUCUGAUAAAGAAGAAAAAAAAAAUGUUAUUUUUAUAAAUACAGAAGCUGCAAAACAGUUUCUAACUAAACAGUUAUCCUGGGUUUCUUCUUAUGGAAGUAUUAAAGAAGACAUACCUAUAGAAAAUAUUGAAACACCAACAAGAUUAAUCAAACAAAAUGUAUCUAAUGUAGCUAAUUUGGUGUACGAAGGUGUAAAAAAUGUAGGUGAUAAAGUUGUUACAUUAUCUAAACAUAUGAGUGGAAGUUCAGACAUUAAUGAAUUAAAGAAUGAUAUUAGUGAACAUAUAAUAGAACAGGCAGAAGAAUGUUCGGAACCUGCCAAUAAUAGUUUAAUGUUAAGUUUACGAUGUGAAGAAUUUCCAUGGUCAUCGAGUAACGGCACUUCAGAGCAUGAAUUAUCCCAACAGGAUUUAAAUGAAAAGAUUAAUACAUUAACGCAAGCUGGUAGUAACAUUUUGUCAACGGAACUAUGGACAUGGGGUGAUAUUGAAUUUGGACAAUUAGGAACAGGUGAUACUAUUAAUCGCUUGCGACCUAUUCUAGUUGCAAAACUAAGCAAUAUUGGUCUUAGAAAAAUUACAUGUGGUGCAUAUCACAUUCUGGCUUUAACAUUGGAUGGAAGAGCCUUUGCUUGGGGAAGAAAUAAUUGUAAACAAGUGAUGUUAGAGUCAAAUGCUUGUCAAAGUGCACCUCAAUUAUUUUCUACUAAUUUAUCAUCGACUGAGAGAGCAAAAGAUAUAGCAUCUGGCAGCUAUCAUAGUUUGAUCAUGAUGCAUCAUGGUUUAUACUUUAUUGGAAAGUCAAGUAAAAUUGGAGACAUGUUUCAUCUUGAUAUUGAAAUAUGCGAUGAUUACAGUGUAACUGAAAUAUUUGGUUCAGGAGAAUAUAGUUGCUGUUCUGUGAUAAACGAAACAGCAAGAAAUAUUUCUCAAGAUUUGAUAGACGAACAAGUAUAUUUAGAAAAGAUAUUGAUUAUCUUUAAAAAUUUAAUCAAACCAUUGCAAAAGAAGGGAGGUGCUAUGCAAGAAUUGAAUGUUUAUGAAACAUUAUGUAGAUGCUAUACAGAACUACUAAGUUUCAGUGUAUUAAAUGUCAUUAGUCUAUGGAACUAUUUCAAUCACAUUGGUGAAGCAUAUGAAGUAGUAGUUGUUGCUAAUGUUGAUGAAUAUAUCACUGUGUAUAAAUAUUACUUAAAUGCAAUAUGUGAUGUAAUUUGUCUAAGUGGCUUUACAUACAUUGCAAAAAUAAUUGAAGUACCACGAGUGAUAACAAAUUUGUUUAAUGGCAAAUGGAAAAGUAUAGAAAAAAAAAAUUUUGAAAAUGAAUUUGAUAUGGCAUUAAAGUAUCCAUUGGAUAAUCUGAAUAGAUAUAAAAAUAUGAUUCAGAAUUUGAUGACAUGUAGUGACGCAGAAAUGGGUGUAGAACGAUUUCAAGAUGCUCUAAUAAAAUGGGAACAAAUAUGUGAAGAACAAGAAAAGCGACAAAAGGAAGCUAUAGCAACUAAGUUGUUUUGGGAUAGUUCUGGUAAAUUGGGAGAAGUUUUAAGAUCUCCUAAUAGGAGACUUAUAAGAGAAUCAAGAACACAUCCCAUAGCAAUGUCUAAUUCUAGAUUCUUUUCCACUCAUUGGUUUGCUUUGUUGACUGACAUAUUUAUUCAUGUUACUGGAACAACUCAUACAAUUUAUCCACUUAAAACAUUAUGGGUAGCGAUUUUACCAGAUUCUGAAAUAGUGCAAAAUGCUAUAUUAGUAAAAGCCCCAGAAGAUACAUUUGUUUUGUAUACUGAAACACCCUGCAAGCGUAAUGAAUGGCUACAUGCUUUGCAAAAUGCUAUAAAAUGUAAUCUACAAAAAGUUGUUGGACAUGAGCCGCCAAUAGCACGUUCUGGCUCUUUCACUUUUACCAAACACAGCCUUUACAAACAAGCAAAAUAUGUCGGACAUUGGCUAAAUGGUAAACCACAUGGUUUUGGAAAAUUAAAUUGGCCUGAUGGUCGUGUAUAUACAGGACAGUUUCAUAAGGGUGUUUUUCAUGGUACUGGUAAAAUGGAUAUUCCAUCGCAUAGUACGUAUGAAGGACAAUGGAAAGAUGGUCAACAAACUGGAUAUGGCACCUUGAAAUACAGUAAUGGAGACUUUUACGAAGGAUAUUUCAAGGAUGGAUUACCACAUGGUCAUGGUAUUAAAAAAGAAGGUUACUUCACAACUUGUGUUGCAUCCGUUUACAUUGGAGAAUGGGAAGCAGGUGUAAAGCAAGGUUACGGAAUUAUGGAUGACAUUGUAGCAGGUGAAAAAUAUUUGGGAUCUUGGAGUAACGAUAUGAAACAUGGUAGUGGCGCAAUUGUAACUUUGGAUGGUAUUUAUUAUGAAGGAGUUUUUACGCAGGAUGUUUUAACGGGUCAUGGAGUCAUGAUAUUUGAAGAUGGUACACAUUAUGAAGGUGAAUUUAAAUCAGCUGGUGUAUUUUGUGGAAAAGGAACAUUGACCUUCCGAAAUGGUGAGCGAUUGGAAGGUCAUAUAAAUGGAGUAUGGAAUGAGGGUAUAAAAGUUAUUGCAACAUUACAUUUAUCAGAAAAUGAAGAACGUGUACAAACUAAUUCAAAACCAAUCUCAUUUGGGAAAUUAUGUGUACCUCCAGAUCAAAAAUGGAAAGCCAUAUUUAAACAAUGUUAUCAACAACUUGGUAUAGCUGAAGCAGAUUCUGAAACUACAAAUGCAGACAAAAAUAUAAAGGCGCAGCAUGCAUGGCAAAAUGUUGCCAGCAUAAUGACUAAAUCUCGCCAAAAGAUAUUACGUAAAAAAAAUGUCUCGUUACAUGCACCAAUUACUAACGAUAUGAAUGACAAAAGUACUGAUGAAUUAAAUAAAAUUCCUAGUUUUCGAGAAAAAAAGUUAACUCACGAAAAUUAUAAAAAUAUUCAUACAUACCUAAUAAAAGCUUUUGAAUGUCAACAUCAUCCAUUAGGUAUUCUUUUAACAGACAUUUCUACUGUAUAUACAACUACAUAUGGUGGUGUUAGAGUUCAUCCUCUUUUGCUCGAGCAUGCUAUAUCUGAACUUCAUAGCAUUACGUCAAGAAUAUAUGAAAUAGUUACUUUACUAUUUCCAACAUUACCACCUGAAGGGACAGAACUUUUAUUGGAAGCAGAAAACGGAGAAGGACAGACUAUAGAUAUGAUUUCUAUAAUACAUCCAAUAAUAUUACCCCGCGUGCAGUCAGUACUAUUUAUAUUAUACGAUCUACAUAACGCGGAAGAGGAUAAAGCCUAUAAAAAGAGACUAACAAAAUGGAAUAGACAACCAGAUAUGACAUUAAUGACUUUUCUGGAUAUUGAUCAAAAAUUUUGGAAGGAUAAACAUUUAAUAGAUCUGACUGAAAACAGGUUACAAUUUCAAAUAAAAUCAUAUUUCAAUGAAGCAGUAGAGACUUUGCAACAAUUGAAAACUACAUUUUCUCCAAUAGAAAAGUUGUUAGUUGUUAAAAAUACAUUCGAACAAAUGACACAAAUAGCACAAAGAGAAUUGGGUUCCACAUAUCUGUGGACAAUGGAUGAGCUAUUUCCUGUUUUUUGCUAUGUUGUUAUACGGGCUAGUAUAUUAAAACUAGGCAGUGAAAUACAGUUUAUAGAAGACUUUAU